ACUGACAGUCACAGAAUGGAGAUGACUAUGUUUAUUCCACUGCUGCUGCUGAUCUGCUCUUUCUCCACGGCUCAGCUUCAAGAGGAGCCUGACAAUGAAAUGAUUCCACAUGGAAAACAGACUGAAUCCAGGGGAGGAGAACCAGCAAAUGCCUCUGAUCACCAACCAGCCUGUCCACAAGACAUUCAUGCUGUGCUGAGAGAGAUGACUGCCUUGUUGGCUGAACAGAGGGUGGAGAUCAGGCAGCUACAGAGAGAUAAUGAAGCACAGGCAGCAAAGCUGGAGGGGCAGAAGACUGUGGUGGACAACUUGAAGCAGGAGAUCAAUCACUUACAGAGAGAUAAUGAAGCACAGACAGCAAAGCUGAAGACUGAGGUGGACAGCUUGAAGCAGGAGAUCAUUCACUUACAGAGAGAUAAUGAAGCACAAACAUCUGAACUGAUCACCAUUCAAGCCAGGACAAAUGUCACAGAAAACGAGGUGGAGACUCUGAAGAGAGAUGGAGAAGCCAAACAGGUGGCUUUCUCUGCCUCUCUGUUGGCUUCAGGUUCAGGACAUGUUGGACCAAUUAACGCACAGACUCCUCUGGUCUUCAGACGUGUCGUCACAAACAUUGGAAACGCCUACAACCCAAACACAGGGUUUUUCAUUGCACCAGUGAGAGGAGCCUACCACUUCGAACUCUACAUAGGUGCAACUGGACAUAAUUCACAUCCUUCAGCUGCUGCGUUGUUCAAGAAUGGAGAACAUAUUUUUAUUGUAUAUGAACAUCAAAGUAACCUACAUGGGACUUCUGCCAAUGGUGCCACACUGCUUCUAGAGGUUGGAGAUGUUGUGUUUUUGCGUCUGUGGCAAAACUCAAGGAUAUAUGACAAUCAUAAUCACCACAGCACCUUCAGUGGUCAUCUGCUUUUCACCAUGUGAGAAAGAAACAGUCCUUUUUCUUCACACACUGUAGCAGUGUACCAGUCUUUGUUGAUAGAAGCUGUUUAAUGAGAAGAGAUUUGUGAAUUUUUCAUCUGUUUCUGGAUUUGCAUCAAAAUAUACAGUGAUAGACUGUGAUGAGCCAGGUUUUUUCCAUUUGA